UUAUCCUCCUCCCAGCUCCUCUGCUUCCCUUUUCCCCAUCGCUUCUCCACACGCCCACCGAACCGAGCCAAAUCGGACGAGAGGAGAGGAGACAACAAUGGACGCGAGGAGAGGACAACGUGAUUGGAGGAGCACCGCCGCCCGCAGCCAGUAGCGAGGAUGGACUUACACGCGCUACCCCGCCGCGACCUGCAGGCGCUGUGCAAGCGCAACGGCGUCCGCGCCAACAUGACCAACGCCGCCAUGGCCGACGCCCUCCGGGCGCUCCCCACGGUUGAUGGGAUCGAGGAGUACGACAAGCAGCCAGUCGCCGUGCCUGCGCCGGUCCUUAAGGCAGUGGCGGAGGAGGAGCGGCAGUGGGAGAAGCAGGGGAGCCCGCUCCCGCGCGGCCGCCGAGCCACGGUCAAGUCGGUCGAGCCCAUCAAGCCAGACGACGGUAAGGAAGAGGAAAAGGAUGAUGCGAAGCAGGAGUCAAACAAGGAGGAAGCGCCGGCACUUGGCGUUGGGCGGCGUGGUGCUAGCCGGCGGGCUCGGCCCGCCCCUGCCGUGCCUAAGCCAGCGGGCAAGGCAACGGCGGAGGACGAGAAGCAGGGGAGCCCGCUCCCACGCGCCCGCCGCGUCACGGUCAAGUCGCACGAGCCCAUCAGGUCGGAGGACGGCGAGGAGGAGGAGGAGGAUCUGAAGCGGGAGGCGAACAAAGAGGACGCGCCGGCCCUUGGCGUGGCGCGGCACGGUCCCAGUCGGCGCGCUCGGCCCGCGCCAGUCGUUUCUAAGCCGGCGGCCAAGGCAACGGUGGCGGAGGAGUCGCAGGGGAGCCCGCUACCGCGAGGCCGUCGCGUCACCUUCAAGUCGCCCGCGCCCAUCAGAAAGGAGGAUGGCGAGGAGGACGAGAAGGAGGAUAUGCAGCGGGAGGGGAGCAAGGGGAACGUGCCAGCCCUAGGCGUGGGGCAGCGCGCUGCUGUGUCUGCGCCGGUUGGCAAGGUAGUAGCGGAGGAGGAGCAUCGGGCCCCGAUCCCGCGCAGCCGCCGCUUCAAGGUCAAGUCGCCCGACCCCAUCAGGCCGGAAGACGGCGAGGAGGAAGAUAAGGAGGAUUUGAAGAGGGGGGAGGAGGAGGGGCCGCCAGCACGCGGCGUGGCGCGGCGCGGUGCCAGCCGACGCGCUCGGCCCGCCCCUGUAGAGGCGGCUACAAGGAGAAGGGCCGCGGAAAGUAAAACUGAGGAAGGCAGCGUGGCCGUGGAGGCCGUACCGAUUCCGACCGCUCGACUGCUUAGGCCGACUAUGAAGGCGGCGGUGGACCCGGCGGGGGCAGAGGAGAAUGUGCCGCGAAGGGCAACGAGGAGGGCCGCGGCGAGGAACUCCGCUUUGCAGCAGGAAAAGGAUCAAGAGGAGCCGCAAGGUGUCAUCUCUGAUGCAGAGAUUGUGCCUGCACCGCUUUCUGACGAGGGAUGUGAUCAGCCUGAAGAUGUGGAAAAGGCUACAGCUCCUCGGAACGAAGAGCAAAACGAGGUGAUCGACGAACCGCAGCAGGAACACAAAGAGGUAGUGAUGGAAGAGGAUGAGAUACUGACGGAGGAGACUCUAGAAGAAGAGACACCUGUGACUGAUCAGGAAUGCGCGGAUAAAUCAGCAGUGCACGAGCAACAUUGUCCUACUGCCUUGCUCAGCGAGGAGGAUUCACCUAUUCUAGGUCUCGUAGCCGGAAAGGCCGUUGAGAAGGAUAACGGUGCCCAUUUUCAGGACAGCGCAGGUUCCAUUGUGGGGCCGUUGGACAAAGGGAUGGGCGAGGAGAUCCAUCAUGCUGGUGAAGAGAUGGAAAUGGAGCCCGUCACUGAGGUGCCGCAGGCCCCCGUGACAUCCAGUGAUCCCAGCGCAGAGGUUGGUAUCGCCGGCGACGCCAACCAUGGCAACGAAGCAGAUAAUUUCAAAGAAGUGCUGCAUAGUGCAGCGAAAAUCAAUGAGGUCGGCACAGAUGAUGGUCCUGUCUCUCAAGAGGAGGAAUAUAUGGCUGUUGAGGGGCAUGACACCGCGGCUGGCGAUGAGGCCAUUUCUCUUGAUAUCUCCGGCAAGAUUAGCCAGAGAGUUGAGGUGAAGGCAGUAGAGAUGCCUGAUGAGAUGCCACUGAACUCAGCUGCACUGGAUACCUGUGGUGCCGGUGAACAGAGUGAAGUGGCCAGUGUCGACAACGUAGGGGAAGUCAUGGUGGCAGAUGGCGAGGUUGUUGAAGAGAAUACAGUAGUGGUCAAUAAAGAGAUGCUACAAGGCUCGGUUACAUUGGAUAAGGAUGUUGGGGAAGAUCACUUCGAAUAUGAUUUUGUAGAUGCCGAUCUACAGAAGGAGGUGGUCACUGCAGACAACGUGCCUGAAGUCGCAGGGACAGAAGACGAGGAUGUCAGGAAGAAGGCAUUAGUGAUCACUGACGAGAUGCCACAGAACAGUGUUAAAAUGGAUGAGGAUGAACAGAACGAAGCGAUCAGUGUUGACACAGUGUCGGAUGUCACCGGGACGGAAGACGAGGAUGUCGGCAAGGAGGAUGCCUUCACCGGCGACCUUCCGCAGGAGAACACCACUGAAGACAUUACUUCGCAGUUGUAUGCCAGCAUGCUUGCCGAUGUCACCAAAUCCCUAUCCAAGAGUAUUAUAAAUGUGCAGCCAACGGUGUCUGGAGACGAGGUUGUAUCAGUGUGCAUGCACAAAAAUAGCAGUGGGAAGAACAUUACUGAACCAGAGGCAUUGAAAGAUGAGAAGGAAGAGAAGGAGGCCAAGAAAUCUACAGAACUGGCUAAGCUCAGCCUAAGGAAGCUAAAAGCCAGGCUCAGGAAGAAGCUGAUUGCCCAAGAGCGCAAGGAAACCAAGAGGGUGGCCCUUGCCAGGGUGGACGAGAAUGUUUGUCGAUCCGAUGCAAAUGGGCAGCAGCAGAUCCUCAAGCUGCAACAAUAUUAACCCGGAGAAGAAGCUAGAUCUGAACUCUGAUAUACUGAUAUCACGUGUGCAUGGCAUAUAGCAUCAGGUUGUGAAACCAUGGUUUCUCCAACCUCUGCAUCUAACUUAUGUUCUUGUGUUGGAGGGGCAUGAAACGAUUCGGCAGUGUUUCUGGUCCAAAUCUAAUCGGGCUAGUAGCACAUUGUGCCCAGCUCACCAGUUUGCGUCUGUUUUAUGAGUUAUUUCCUAGUGUUGUGUGCAUGUGUCAGUCAGCACCUGACCGUAUCAUACUGUUUGGAAUUGGUUUGCACGUCAUUAAUCAUUCUGAAA